UGUACCGUACGUACACGAUCAACGGCGGCGGCUGCAAAGUGCAAUUUCUUCGACUUGCGAGUGGGUAUGGGGAGGAUAAUGUAAGUGGAUCGAUCUAGAAAUCAUGAGUAUGCCAUUCAGAUGUCAUCAGUAUGUCAUUCAGACGGACAUUUUUCAGAGCCAGAUACUACAGACCGCUGGCUACAUUCGCCCUGGCCAUUCUCGUGUUGGUCGUCUACAUGAACCGGAGAAAAAUCGGCAUCAUCCUCAGUAACACUUUCGAGGACCGACCACAUCCAAACCGGGACAAUGUCCAAGAGGAACUGAGACGGUUACAGCCGCUCAAAGUGGUCGAAGAGGAGGGGGAUUUACUGGGAGGGGCCAAGACCUGCAAGAGGGCGUGGCAGAGAGGGGCGUCGCCCUGGUUCGACAAGCGCUACAAUGAGACCAUACCCCCUCUCUGGACAGGACGGAAUAGAGAGUUGACUAAAGAAGUCCGAGACUGGUGGUUGUCGAUUCAUGAAGAUGGCAAUCGUGACAUCCCAGCGCUUCUGAAAUCCCUCUUCAAACUCAUUCCCGAAGCUGACCCGUACCCGCGGCGGAACCUUGAACGCUGUGUGCGCUGCGCCGUGGUCGGCAACUCGGGGAACCUCAGAAACUCCAAAUAUGGAAAACUCAUUGAUUCCCAUCACAGAAUUAUCAGGGUCAACUACGCACCCAUCAAAGGCUAUGAGGAAGAUGUGGGAACCAGGGAAACGCAUCGUCUAGCCUACCCGGUCACCUAUACCGAGGUACAGAAGGGAGCCCAUUUUGUCCUAGUGCCGUUCGGAGCCAAAGAUAUCGACUGGCUGAUUAGCGCUUUGACAAAUGGAACUAUCAAGUGGACCUACUCCCCAGUGCCACGCUUUAUUGAAGCUGAAAGGUCAAAGAUCCAGAUCUACAACCCAGCGUUGAUGUUCCAGGGUAAAUUCAGCUGGAUAGGGUCGGAGGAGCGAUGGCCGUCAACGGGGUUUCUUAUGAUUCUGUUUGCUUUCCACAUUUGCGAUGAGGUGAACAUAUUUGGUUUUGGCGCCUCGUCCUACGGUGCGUGGGACCACUACUGGGAACCGGACGCAGGACCCUGGAACUUAAUUUAUAAGUUCUUCCUUUCGCCUCACAAACACUCGGUGGAAGAGACUAUUCUUGAGAAAUGGAAUGAGGAAGGAAAGGUCAAGAUUCACAGGGGAGUUCGAUAAAAAUUUGCCGUAUAAUUAUGGGAAAAAAAUUUAUUUGUGUACCAUUUUAAUAGUCUGGUUCCCUGACCUGACAAUUCUACAUCUGAAAUAGUCAGAAUCUUUUGGUUUGGGAAUCAGACUGCCUCCUUAUUUCUCUGUGUGAUCAACAGAGGGCGCUGUUGCCUAGCAACACAGCCCGAGGACUGGAGCACGUUUUGGCGGCCCUUGAACUGGAACAUGUUUCUGACGUCACAGCCGUGACCUGAAACAUGUUUCCUGUGCACCGCGAAAACGACUGACCGGAAAAUUGUUCAUGACGUCAUGUUACUGCCUACGUGACUGCACACAACCCAAAAAAAAUCACGCGGCGACUGGACAUGAUUAACAUUAACAUUCAAAGCAAAAGUGGGAGUUUUUUUUAUAGCGUUUCCCUAAAGUUCUAAAAAGAGUAGGCCUCAUAUUCUGUAUCAACUUUCGUACAAAUUGAAGGUAAAAACCCACUAUUUAAACCCCAUUUAUGGUAAAAAGUAACAUUGUCUGCUAAGCUUGUUCACCUUUCCGCCAUCUUGAAACAUAAGUUGUUGGUCGAAACAAUGGCGUCAUUUCAGUGUAACCGAAGCGCCGAAACGGCCGCGAACCAGAAACAUGUUUACGGUCACAGCACCAAAACUUGCCCCUGGUUUUCACAUCAGUGGAACUCUCAAUUCUCCAAGUGUGAACAACUGAGGGCACUGUUGUGUAGCAACAAAGACAAGUUAAAGGUUCACUGGUACCCACCACCUAAUGUGUGGGCAUUGUGAUGGUUAAUUUCCUUGAGCUGUCAUUGGACAGAUUUUGUUUCACCGGUAACCUGUGUUCAACUCUUGUGUGUGGCAUAUUUAUAGUGUAUGUGCAUUGAUCAUGAUUACCCAUAAUGCUGUGUGUUUCCUUUUAAAUCGUGUACACUGAUCAUCAGCUAAGGGGUACGAGGAGAAAAUAUAGCAACUUUAUUUUGACUUUUUGCCAUUAUGAUAGUGAUCAGGUUUGAUGCGCAAUAUUUCUUUUAUUUUAAAUAACUUGAUUGUGAAAUUGAAAUUAAUAAAAAUUCUUUUGAAAAUAUCAAGCACAUAGUGCCUUAGCCAAACCUUAUACAAAUGGAGUGUAUAUUAGAAAAAAGUUGUACAAAUAUUGUCAGUAACACAAUACCUGUAAAUUUGAAAAAUUUGCAUAACAAAAUGUUUACAUAACAUUGGUUUAAAGGUGAAUACAUGUAUAUCACAAAAAUAUGUUUGUGAUUUUUUGGGUACUUUCAGAGGUUAACUUUAAUGGGUUUUAUUAAAACAAAAUUGAAAUGAGAAAAAAAUGGAGGAACAUUUUUUCUGUAAAUUUGUUUUAUUUUAAAAUUAUGCAUCCUUGUAGGCGUUAUUUCCACCAAAAAGCAAUAAACAUUUGUUUAAGCCCCAUAAUGCCCAGUUCAGCAACACAAUGCUUUAGCUUUUUUAUUUACAUAUCCUAUUUUAGCAACUCAAAAAUAAUAUGACACCUGAAAACAGCCUUACAGUAUUAAAAAACAACAAAAAAAAACCGAAACAAAAGUAAAUGCAAUGGGCAACAGAAAAUAUUAUGGUAAAAAUCCACGCAUAAAUUAAUCAAUAAAUUUGGUUUGCAAUAUCAAUUUUACAGCAGGCAUGUCUGUGGUACAUUAUUGAUUUUGAUUAAAACCACAAAAAAAUGUUGUUUUGAAUUAAUAAAACCUUUGUAUAUGUACAUUUAUUAAACAUUGGUAAACUUGGUUGAUUUUGUAUACUUUGAAUGAUCCAACAAUUAUAAUUAAUUUGAUUCUUUCAGAAAUAAAGUGAAAAUGUAAUCUUUUUUUAAA